AUGUGCUGUCAUAUCUGUGCAUACCCGAUCCCGACCCGACUUCCGGACCUCCUCCUUCCCCACCUCCGGAGUCCUACCCUACCGCUGUCCAUUCCGAUAUUCACCUUCGGUCCUGGCACCACACCACCCUUCACCUCCCAUGCCACCUCCACUCCUCCAUCACUCUCCUGUCCUAUCUCCGUCCGCUCCGAUAACCACCUCGGACUGAACACCACCCCUCUCGCCACCCUCCUCCUACUCCUCCUACUCCUCUGCUCCCUCCUCACAACACCUCCACCCUUCCGUCAUCCUCCUACUCUUCUCCCGUCCACUCCGAUACCCACCUUCGGACCUGACACCUCUCCUCUCUUCCUUCCCCUCUCUUCCUUCCCCUCUCUUCCUUCCCCUCUCUUCCUUCCCCUCUCUUCCUUCCCCUCUCUUCCUUCCCCUCUCUUCCUUCCCCUCUCUUCCUUCCCCUCUCUUCCUUCCCCUCUCUUCCUUCCCCUCUCUUCCUUCCCCUCUCUUCCUUCCCCUCUCUUCCUUCCCCUCUCUUCCUUCCCCUCUCUUCCUUCCCCUCUCUUCCUUCCCCUCUCUUCCUUCCCCUCUCUUCCUUCCCCUCUCUUCCUUCCCCUCUCUUCCUUCCCCUCUCUUCCUUCCCCUCUCUUCCUUCCCCUCUCUUCCUUCCCCUCUCUUCCUUCCCCUCUCUUCCUUCCCCUCUCUUCCUUCCCCUCUCUUCCUUCCCCUCUCUUCCUUCCCCUCUCUUCCUUCCCCUCUCUUCCUUCCCCUCUCUUCCUUCCCCUCUCUUCCUUCCCCUCUCUUCCUUCCCCUCUCUUCCUUCCCCUCUCUUCCUUCCCCUCUCUUCCUUCCCCUCUCUUCCUUCCCCUCUCUUCCUUCCCCUCUCUUCCUUCCCCUCUCUUCCUUCCCCUCUCUUCCUUCCCCUCUCUUCCUUCCCCUCUCUUCCUUCCCCUCUCUUCCUUCCCCUCUCUUCCUUCCCCUCUCUUCCUUCCCCUCUCUUCCUUCCCCUCUCUUCCUUCCCCUCUCUUCCUUCCCCUCUCUUCCUUCCCCUCUCUUCCUUCCCCUCUCUUCCUUCCCCUCUCUUCCUUCCCCUCUCUUCCCUCUGGUCCUCUUCCACCGACCUCCCACCAAGUUACAACCUUCCGCCACUGA